AUGAGGCAACGAACAAACCCAGACUCAGAGGAGGUCCUCAUGGGCCGGAACUGUCGCACGUCCGGAGUCCGACCCAGCAUCCUCCGCCCACCUGACGGGCACCAAACCGGGCGGAGACACCCGGCGCCGCGGGGAGAAGAGGGCAGAACCGGACCGGAACCGAACAGAACUCCAGGAGUUGAUUGCUCAACAAAAGAGAAAACGAGCCAGACGUUCUCCCGCCUCCCAGCCAUGAGGCUUCUCUACAGAGUAAAUGCAAAGAUCCUGAUUUUACUGCUGGUUCUGCAGGGAGCGUCAGUCCUGCUGUACUCGAGCUGGCGCAUUCAACAUAAUCACGGCUCUACCAAAACGGAAAGAAAAGUUCAUGUCUUGCUGCUGUCAUCGUGGCGAUCCGGUUCAUCCUUCCUGGGUCAGGUUUUCAGUCAGCACCCGUCUGUUUUCUAUCUAAUGGAGCCCGCCUGGCAUGUGUGGACCCAAGUGCAGAAACCUGGGGCCCGGGUCCUCCGAAUGGCUGUGAGAGAUAUACUACGAAGUGUAUUUCAGUGUGACUUCUCAGUAAUGGACGCCUAUCUGCCUGAAAACCCUCAUGUGUCCUCCUUGUUCAUGUGGACUGAAAGUCGGGCACUGUGCUCACCACCGGCCUGUUCCCUCAGAGCCAAAAACGAGACCCAGUGCCGUCAAAAGUGUAAUGUUCAGGGCUUGCAGAAGGUGCAGGCUUCCUGUAGAGUACACAGUCAUGUGGCGUUAAAGGAAACAAGAGUUUUUGAGCUGGAAUCCCUUUACCCUCUUCUGCAAGACCCCAAACUGGACCUCCGCAUUGUUCAUCUGGUCCGGGACCCUCGGGCUGUGUUGAGGUCUAGAGAGGAGUCAGCCAAAUCAUUGUUGUCAGAUAACUUUGUUGUCUUGGAUCAGGGAAAAAUCCCUGCCGAUGAGGUGCAGUAUAAAGUCAUGCAGGAAAUCUGCCGCAGCCAUUUACGGAUCCACGAGACGGCCAUCCUGAAACCUCCGCCAUUUCUUAAAAAUCGAUACAAAAUGGUUCGCUAUGAGGAUGUGACACGCAACCCACUGAAGGAGGUCAGCAGUAUAUAUGAGUUCGUUGGUUUAAAGAUGACCAAGGAGAUGAAGGAUUGGAUCUACAAGCAGACUCAUGGAAAGGGGAAAGGCACGAGGAAACAGGCUUUUCAAAUAAUCUCUCGAAAUGCUACCCUUGUUUCCCAAGCUUGGCGCACCAUGCUGCCAUUCUCCAAGGUCAAACGUGUUCAGGCCAUUUGUAGGGGGGCCAUGGAACUGCUCGGCUACAGGAGUGUUCACAGUCUUAAAGCGCAGCGAUCACUUGACUUGGAUCUGUUAGUUUCACAGGAACCGUAUCGGUUCAUGUGGGAACCAUCUAAAGCUAAACUGAAAGACAAGAGUUAAAACAUGAACGACUAAUAAUCACCAAAAAACUCCACAACCUUACCUCCUGUAUCAACCUUGAGUGGAUGAAUUGGCCUGUACCGGUAAUAUAA